CAUGGAGACUCUCUCUGAGCCGUACAGCCUGCAGGUGGAGGCGGAGGAACGACAGCCUGUUGAUGGUAACCUGCCUCUGAUAGUCGGCGUGGUGUCGGGUGUCCUGCUGGCUGUCAUCGCAUUCAUACUCUUCAUCUUCAUCAUCAGAAGGAAGCUGGCAGCAGCAGAGCAUCAGAGAGCUGAUGGAGGCGAGACGGAGCCAAAGCAUCCUCAUGACAUCUACAGCAGCAUCCAAGAAGAAAGUCACCGACAGGAAACCAGCCGAGCUGUGGAGGACGUCAGCUACGCCUCGGUGCAGUUCAGACACAGCCAUGAGAGGAGCAGGCACGUGGAGGAAGUCGAUAAUGCCGUCGUCUACUCUUCACUAGCCAGUCGAGGCUGAAGUCACAAUCUCACCCACAAACUGAAAGGAGCCACACUGACCACAGGAGAAGCUGCAGGAAGCUCUGCAGCACUUUGUGUUGAUCUGCUGCAGUCUGACUUUCAUGCUCUGUGGUGCAGGCAGUUGGAUAAAUUCAUAAAUCUCCUUCACAACCUCCAUCAGUACUACAAAGGUAUUGUUCUACUGUGAUGACCCCGUCCACCCUGCCUGGGGGGCUAUGUGUUGGUUUGGCAGCUGCUCCUUGCAGGCCCUGCAGAGGAAUCGUGCUUUGUUCAAGAUCAGCAUCACUGGCAGCAUCUAAGCUCGACGCGUCUCUACUGAAAGCUCAGUUGUUAUGCGUGUCUGCCUUCUGGGUUUUGGUUGCUGUCUGGUUUGUUUUCUCACACUAUGAAACAUCACAUUCACGUACAGUACUGAGUGUACCGAGCUCUGUUGUCAGGGCGCUCAGUCUGUGACGCAGCAAGUUUAUUUUGUAUAUUUGAUUUCUUAUGAUGUAUCAGAGUAAUGGUAAGUUCGUGUGUUGUUAUUAGUGUGUCUUAGUUAGGUUUGUUUAGAUACAAUUUCAUCCAUGCUCCCCUGUGUGUGUGUUGUUUUCUGUUUCCUGUGAAAGCCUGUCUUGUCCUCCUGCAUGAUUUUUAGUUAUAUCUGUGCUUCGUUCCCCUUAUCUGUUUCCAUGUUCCUCUCCUUGUGUAUCAUUCAAUCUUCCCAGUCUGCUUUAUGCUUCAUGUCUGUGUUUCCCACGUCCAAUUGUCAAUCAGUCUUGUGUUUCCAUGUUCAGUGUGUUUAGUUUUGCUUCCCCUGUGGCAUCGUGUUCAUUUGUGUCAGCUGUGUUUCCAGGUGUUUCCACUUCCCUCAUUACUCU